AUGAAUGCCAGAUCUGUAGCGGGGAGACUCUUCUUUGCCUUCUUCCAGUGGAAAAAGCUGGUGAUCUGGCUCUGCGUGGGAGCCCUUUAUGUGCUCUUGGGGUGCUGGGGGUUCUGUUCAUGGGACAUAAGUGGUCAGGAGCUGGGAGACAGGACAACAUGGAAGCAUCUUGGUGCUUGCCAGAUACGCUUUGUGUGGAGAAAGCCUUUCCUUGGAAGGUUUGAAUUUCACUGGAAGCCUUUCCUGACCAGCAAAUCCUUAUACUCGCUCAUGGACAGACCUUUUAGAAGAGAGCUUGAAAAAGUUCUGUGGUUCUGUAAACUGCCUUUCGGGCUGCAGAGCUCAGUUCUCUCUGCUUUUGCCACAUUGCAGCUUCUUUCACAGCAGGAGCUGCCUGGAUCCUUUGCCCAAUUAAAUGAUGCUCCAGUAAAAGAGCAAGAUGUGGGUGAGAGAACCAGCAUCUGUCUCUUCUUCCCUGAAUCAGCUCUGCCCAGCCCUCUGGAAAAUAAUGACAAUGAUACACUGAUGGUGUUUGUCCCAUUCAAGCCCCUGGAUUUCCUCUGGCUUAGGGAACUAUUGCUGAAAACAAGGAAUAAGUGUCUCUCUGCCUUUCUCCUGCUGAUGAAGGUGGGGUUUUCUCAGCUAUGUAUUCUCAACCCGUAUGUCACCUAUGAAGUGACGUACAAACUGCUGCAGCUAAAUGCGUCGAGUAGGACAUAUGCCACCACGGGAAUCAUUGCUUUGAACUUAGCCCUCCACGUGUGCCAAGAGGUCAAUAUUGCAGGCUUUGGUUACCCUGGUAACCAGGACAAUACUACGCCAAUACAUUAUUACAAUACGGGUCGCUCACGGAAAAAGCAGCUCUUUCAGCACAGUAUCACCGCUGAGAGGAACUGGCUGCUGAAAAUGAUUGAGUGGGGGGUGAUUGCUGACAUAGGCAGCCCUUCGUUCCAGCCCCAGAACUGA